AUUGCAACCCCUGUGAUGAACACGGAGGUGAAAACCCAGUUGGCUGAGCAUCUACUAGAGAGUCCAAAGCCAGAGCCUGAGAAGAAGCCAGAGCACUUUUCAAGGAGCCACGGGGAUGCUGGGUUCCAGAAAGAGCCUAUGGUCCCAGGCAUCGUGGAUUUUGAGUUGAUCCAAGAGGAGCUGAAGAUCCCUAAGCCCCAAACACCCAGUGCCUAUCGCUUUGGACGCCUCAGCCACCAUUCCUUCUUCUCUCGACACCACCCCCAACCACAGCGUGUGACGCACAUCCCAGAUUUCACCGGGAAGCCUGUCUGCGUGGUCAGGGACGGGUUCUCUUUGGCACCCUUGACUCAGUCUGCGCUCUUAUCCGGUUGUCUGAUGGGGAUGCCCACCAUCUCUGACCCCAUUGGGGACCCACAGUCCAAUCGGAACCCCCAGCUUUCUUCUGACACCUGGCGGAAGAAUCUAAAGGACCUAGCUUCCCGAGCAUUUACUAAGGAGAUCGAGCCAAGGACCAAUGAGCAGAAGGAAGAGCCUCCUCUGAGGGAGCAGGGGGCAAAGUACUCAGCUGAGACCGGUAGGCUUAUUCCAGCUUCCUGCCAAGCCCUCAGCCGCCGUGGCCACCAGGGGCAGCGGGGCCACUCUUCUGGCAGAGAUGGAGGAGUCCAAGCCUCCAUUCUGCAGGACCAGGACCUGCUGAUCUUGGAACUUCUUUGUCAGAUUCUACAAACAGAUUCCCUACACGCUAUCCAGUUCUGGCUGCUCUACGCUCCACCAAAGGAGAAAGACCUGGCGCUGGGACUUCUGCAGACAGCUUUGGCUCAGUUAAUCCCCCAGCCCCUCCUCUCCCUCCCAGAAGAAAAUCUCUUGAAUCAACUCCAAGAGCUUCAAGAACCUCAAGAGACACAACAGACAACCUACAGUCCAUCCCUGAAGAAGACAAAGACACCACCUUUAUCCAAGGCAGAAAAACCAGAGUUUGUGGGCAAAGCCCAAGUCCUCCGCGUGCAUUCCGACGAGGACUCAGAGGAGAAAACGACCAAGACAAAGGCCGAGAGCUGA